AAAACGAGUUUGGGCGCCAAUGUUACUCGCGCAUUCAGUCUCAUAGUGAAAAUCAAUUCUGUGGAAAGAAGUCUAGAAGUGCACUCCUCGUGCUCAUAUUUUCAUACAAAACAAGUGUUUUUCGUUGCAAACUAGCAAAAAUGGCCAUCAGUCGACUGUCCAUCAUUAAAUUCCUGGAACUGCUAAUUGCAGUCAUCUGCCUGGGUCUUCACUACAAAAGCCAAACUACUGACUGGAACAUCGACACGCUGUCCGCUGUAGCUUUUGGUGGUUUCAUUAUUAUUUUAGUUGGUGGAUUCGCAGCGUACAUAAUCAGUGCCCCGAUCAGUAAGAGAAUCGACAUCUUCUACAGCUUGGUGGGAUGCGCGAUGUUCGUUGCAGCAGGAGCAUUGAAUAUCAAACAUUUCGAAAACGGCUGGAAAGGCGAAACCAGAGAUUAUGGACUAGCCAAAGGGUCAAUGGCUGUUAUUAACGGCGUCUUCUUCUUAUUCGAUGCCCUCAUCUCUUGGCGUGGUGAUUUCUAAAUGUUAAGUCUGAGUAUUGUGCGUAUCUGUCGUUCUACGUAUUUGCCUUAAGCCAUGACAUCUUACAGCAGUUAGAACCUAAUGUAUUAUAUCAAGGUUGAGUAAAAAAUACUUUUUUAUAGAACUCUAAUUUAUGAAUACCUCAAAGCUUUCAAUGUUGCAUACCGCCACAAACAAUUACUGUUAGUUUGUUAAAAAAAAAUAUACUAAUAACUCAGGAAAAUGCCUUACAAACAUUACAGUUACCGAAUUAUCAGGCAGUUUAGAACAGAACUUCGAUGUUUUUCUAUUACAGUAGGGAUUUCAUUGACUUGUGAUUUAUGGCCAAACAGCUAUUAACGAUAGUUAUAAUAGUCUGAUAUAUUCGCCCCAUAUUCGAAUAAUAGCCAGCCAUAUAUUUUUGAAAACGGAUAUGAUUAAACCAUACUCAUAUGUCUUCUUGGUCUAUGAAUAAUUCAAAUUCCAUACAUAAAUCCUGCAGGUUAUUCCUUCCAGGUCGUGCAUUAUAUUGAAUAACUUAUUUUUAUACGUAAAAUUUACACCUAUUUAUAAGAGUUUAUCAAAUGAUAAAAGGGCAUUUAAUGAUAUUUUUUACAGAUGUAAUGUUUCCACUUUUUUAAGUUUGUAAUACUUGAAAUUUUAUUUGCAUGCUAUCGUUGUGAAUUUUAAUAAUAAAAUAGUAUUCUAUUUAAA